CUUUUUCAGCAAAAAGGUUAUCCCUUUUUUCUGAACGACCGAGAGAAAACAUGAAUGAUUUUACUUGACUUUGCGGCCUUUAACAUUCUCCCAUUGUUCAGGAAAGCUGUAGAAGAGUUGCUUAAAGAGGCAAAACGUGGCCGAACCCGAGCUGAAACAAUGGGAGCUAUGGGAUGGUUGAAAUGUCCUCUUGCUGGUGCAAAUAAAAGAUUUCUUAUUAAUACCAUCAAAAACACGUUACCCUCUCAAAAAGAGCAAGACCAAGAACGUGAGCCUAAGGAAGUCAGUAAGGAGCCUGAGCCAAACAAAAGCAGGAAGGAAGAAAAACCAAAGAAAUGCAGAAUUCAUCCAUACACACCCAGCUUUCAGUCUAGAAGGAGAGUCAGCUACUCUCCUCCUAGGCACCGAAACAGGAACCAGCACACAAAGGAUAAGUAUGAAAAGCGAUCAAGCAAACGAUGAGGAAAGUGAUGAGUACGUGUUGUUGCAAGCCAAGAAUGUCAUUAAAUGUUGGACUGCAGUGAUGUUUCAGUUUUUCAGGCAGAGAUGCUGUUCAAAAUUGAUGUUUGAACAGAGAGUUGCUUCUGUGAGAAGUAACCUUGAGGUAGUUUUAUAAGACUUUUCUUCAGGACCUUUAAGAGAAAAGUAAAAUGCAGCAUAAAUCUUUCAAUGUUUUAGAACAGACAUUCCCUUCCUUUCACUCCUUUCCUCCCUUCCCUUCUGAUUAAGGAUAGGGCCUUGGUAAUGGGGCUUGUUCCAUGUGACACUGAGACAGGUUCUUUAGUCACUUCACCCUUUGAGAAAUAAAUUUAAAUUAAGCAGAAGCCUAUUUAUUGUAUAAAGCUGGCAGAACUUUGCUGCUAAAUCAAUAGAAAAGUUUUGCUUGUUUGGGUUAGUUGAGUUUUACGGAAUCUAAAAGAAGGGAGAAUUGGUCAAUACCUGGCCACGCACAUACAUUUUGUAUAGUAUAUAGGAAUUUGAUUUCUUUACACAGUGUAAAAAGAACAGAUUUAAAAUGGGCAACACUGGCUUUAGCUCCCUGGAGGAAUUCCCAGGAAAAGCUGAUUCUACUUGUUAUUGUGUUAGUCACAAACCUGUCAUGGCUAAUGACAAACAUUACCCCUAAAAAGCCAUAACUGCAAUAAUUGUCUCUCUUUAGACUUCCCGCUGUAAGGAAGUGGUUUGAACAGUUUAUUGUCAUGGUGCUUUCAAAACAAACCUUGAAGACAAAAUUAUCGUAUCUCUCUCCACAGCUAUGAAGUUUUCAAGUAGAUAUGUAGUACUAGAAUGUACAGAGAAGAUAUUUAAAAACAGUUGUCAAAUGCUCACUUUCCAAGCCUAUGUGACAAUUUUGUAGGGGUGCAGUUCUUCAACUUGUGACUUUGAGAAAGUAUAAUUAUGCAUCAGCAUAUUCUUUUUCUUUUUUCUGUUUGUGUUACAGUGACUUCUAUGUGAAAUAUUUUGUAUUUCAGUAUCCUCAAAAAUAAUUGUUUUGAACGUAGAUUUCAGUUUUUGAGUUUGUGUGUUGACAAUAAAAU